CAAGAGUAAAGUUAAUUUUAUAAUUUUUUUUAUAAAACGUUGAAAAAAGUUGCAUACUGUACUUAAUAUUAUUGUACCUACAUAAUCUGUCUUUUACAGGAGGAUAGCUACAUGACCAAAUUUCUUAAUUACAACUUAAGAAGCAUAUAUGCUUUCCAACUGGCCCCACCUCCACCUAGUGUUGAAGAUGAAGUUCCUGAAGUCUCUCCAGAGUUGUUAACAGAGGAGCCUGUUUUUCAGGAGGGUGGUCCAUCAGAGAUGGUAGGAAGUAGUCAUGCCAAAACCAUCAAUGGUGCAAGUAGUAGUAGCAGCAGUGGUGGGUGUAUUAAUGGUGCAAAUGGAGGCAGCAGUAGCCAAUGGCGACCUUGCAACAUCUGCCUAGAAGAAAUGUGUCAAACUGAAUUGAGAACUCACCACACGUGUGAAGAUUGUCUGCUCUGUGAUGGCUGUAUUGAGAUGUCAUGCAAGCAUCAUGGAGGAGAGAGUUUGCCAUGCCCGGUAUGUCAAGUAUCUCUCACACCAGCUGAUCUUAUACCUGUAGAGAAGAGAAGAAUUGAAAAACCCAAGGCGAGGUAUUAGUCAAAAGUUACUUCAGUUAAUGCCUUGUGUUGUGUGUGAUAAAUUAGAAGUGAGCUACUGCAGUAGUAAUUUAAUUAUAUAAUUUCUGUACAUCUUAAUGAAUUCUUUAUUGAUCAGUGACUUACUGUAUUUAUUCAGGUUCAGUAAACCAUGUUUGAA